AUGGCCGCCUCCACCAUGUCUGUCUGCUCUGACGCCUGCACCAACUCCUCCUGGCAGGUGGACGACUGCCCAGAGAGCUGCUGUGAGCCCAGCUGCUGUGCCCCCAGCUGCUGCCACUGCUGUGUGCCCAGCUGCUGUGCCCCUGCCCCCUGCAUUACUCUUGUCUGCACCCCAGUGAGCUGUGUGUCCAGCCCCUGCUGCCAAUCUGCUUGCAGCAGCUGCUGCACACCCUCAUGCUGCCAACAGUCUAGCUGCCAGCCAGCUUGCUGCACCUGCUCCCCCUGUCAGCCAUCCUGCUGUGUGACUCUUUGCUGCAAGCCUGUCUGCUGCACACCCAUCUGCUCUGGAUCCCCAUGCUGCCAGCAGUCUAGCUGCCAGCCCUCAUGCUGUCAAUCCUCCUGCUGUGUGCCUGUCUGCUGCAAGCCUGUCUGCUGCACACCCAUCUGCUCUGGAUCCUCCCCAUGCUGCCAGCAGUCUAGCUGCCAGCCCUCAUGCUGUCAGUCCUCCUGCUGUGUGCCUGUCUGCUGCAAGCCUGUCUGCUGCACACCCAUCUGCUCUGGAUCCUCUUCAUGCUGCCAGCAGUCUAGCUGCCAGCCCUCAUGCUGUCAAUCCUCCUGCUGUGUGCCUGUCUGCUGCAAACCUGUCUGCUGCAAGCCCUGCUCCAGCGUGUCCCUGCUCUGCCGCCCUGUGUGCAGACCUGCCUGCUGUGUGCCCACCUCCUCCUGCUGUGCCUCCUCCUGCCAGCCCAGCUGCUGCAAGCCCUGCUCCAGUGUGUCCCUGCUCUGCCGCCCUGCCUGCUCCCGCCAGGCCUGCUGUGGUCUCUGCUCUGGCCAGAAGUCCAGCUGCUGA